UAUAGAACGUUUUUGGAUUGCAACCGGCCAAGUCGCAUAUCGCCCGAUAGAGCAUUUUAUACGCAUAUUUACAUACCUACAUACAGCGUGCGGUGACGAUGUACCACCAUCAUCAUCAGCUAUGCUGCGCAGCAUGAGGCGAAUAUCGAUCGUGUGAUUUUUUCGUUCGACUGACGGCAGAACUGCUCAAAUCACUAUCAGAAACUAUUUUUGUAAGUAAGUUGAGAGGAGGAUCACAUUUCGAGGGGCCUUGCUUUCGACAACGUGAGCACUAACCGGCUGAUUACAAAGAGGAUUGUAUUCGGUGAUAAGGUAUCGCGUUACUCUUUCAUUCCGCCUGGGAUUGUUAGGAUUGUGAAGCUUAGUGAGAAAUUGAACCCUUCCAAGUUGCCCGUCAGUCGAACCGAAUCGAAAAUGUCACUGUCCAGCCUGUACAAACGUGCCCUGGUCAAGUAUCCCGUGCUGGUGCAGUCGGUACAAUCCGGCAUUCUGAUGGGAACAGGCGAUAUUAUCGCGCAGACUCUGAUCGAGAAACGGAAUCUGAAAACCCUUGACGGAAUGCGGGCAUUCCGGUUCUUCGGCAUUGGAUUUUGCAUUGGCGGACCUGGCCUUCGCAAGUGGUACGGAGUAUUGGACAAACACAUCACCGGCAAAACAAAGGCGGCGGCCACCUUCAAGAAGGUGGCCCUCGACCAGUUAGUCUUCGCACCAGUCUUCCUGGGAACACUCAUCGGCACAAUUGGGCUGAUGCAAGGCAACGACAGAGAACAAAUCGAGCGCAAGCUGCGAAACGAAUACACCGACAUCCUGCUGACGAACUACUACAUCUGGCCGUGGGUUCAGUUGACCAAUUUCUACCUGGUGCCAUUGAACUACCAAGUGCUGCUAGUACAGUUUGUGGCCGUGUUCUGGAACACGUACCUCUCGUGGAAGACAAACUGCAGCGAUUCGUCGAAGUUGUUGGCCAUCAAGCCGUCCGAUCCAGUCGUGACGACAGAAGAAACGAAGGAGAAUGCCUUCUAGGAAGGGAUGACCUGUGCCUGGCACGAUCGGUGCCAUCGGACGGAACUGGAACAUUCAGAUGUGAUAUUUAAGCUCGGUUUUAGAUGUAGUAGAACAAUGAACUAAUUGUUUGAUGAAUAGAAAUUAAUUGCAAAUCUUCUCGUUGAGGCGGACAGUGAAAAAAAUAAACAUUUUAAGGAAAUAAAGAGAAAUUACACAA